AUGUCGGUCAUUUAUUCAAUUGUUUUCUAUAUUGGCGCUUUAGCCAUUCUCAAUUUUCUAUAUGAUAAUUUCAUUUCCUUAUUUUGUAUAAUUUUUGCUUCAUUAAAACCUUAUUUUAUACCUAAAUCACCGAAAGGUUUGGUUGAAAAAUAUGGCAAAUGGGCUGUUGUGACUGGAGCCACUGAUGGCAUUGGCAAGGAAUAUGCCAAAGAGUUGGCACGUCAGGGUCUGAAUAUAGUCCUUGUAUCACGUACUCAAGCUAAACUAGAAUUGGUGGCCAGUGAAAUUGAGAACGAAACAAAAGUUCAAACGAAAGUGAUUAUUGUUGACUUCACCAAGGGACGUGAAAUCUAUGAGCAUAUUGAAAAUGAGUUGGCUGAUAUUGAUGUUGGCAUUUUGGUUAACAAUGUGGGUGUCGUCACCGAUCAUCCGGAUUAUUUUGAUUUGAUACCAGAGUCAAAACUGUGGGACAUCAUAAAUGUUAACAUGGCCUCAUUGACCAUAUUAACGCGUAAAAUUCUACCCAAAAUGAAAGCCUCUAAUAAGGGGGCCAUUAUCAAUGUGGGUUCCGGCUCCGAGAUGACUCCUCAACCCUUACUUUCCACAUAUGCGGCCAGUAAAAAGUAUGUAAGUUCCUUCACCUACGCCUUGCAAAGGGAAGUGGCCAAGACGAAUGUUACAGUGCAAUUGGUUAAGCCCAAUUUUGUCAAGACCAAUAUGAAUGCCUAUUCAAAGACGGUAAUGGAGGGCGGCUUCUUCAUGGCCGAUGCUCGUUCAUAUGCCCGGGCAGCAGUUUGCACAAUUGGCAAAACUAAUGAUACAAACGCCUUUUGGGUACAUUCAAUGCAGUAUUUCGUUAUGAAAAUGGUACCGUGGCGUAUACUAAUGAGGGUAUCACAAUAUGUCUUGGGCAAACUUCGAAAGGAAGCACUGGUGCCGAAAUAA